GGUAGAGACUUCCAUAUCAGGAUACUAUUACCAAUGGAUUUUCAACUGAAAAAUGCAAGGCUAGAGUGUAGCUGGCACCUAAAGAAGAUACUGCAUCAAUAUCGGCAUAUUUUAAAGCAGAGGCUGCACAGCUGUCCAGAUCUCAGCAGCUUUAUGGUGGAGCUGAAAACUAUUUUGGAAAUUGCUUUAAAGAAUACACAAGACCUGCAUAUACCACGGCCGCCACAAUACUACUCCAGUCUUGUCAGAGAUCUAGAAAUACUAGGUUGGAAUAAAGUUGCAUACGUGGAUACUGGUCUGACCACAGUCAAGCUGAAAGCUGAAGACUCUUGUGGUCGACAGCAUCUCAUCACUCUGAAGUUCAAUGCAAAGUACCCAACAGAACCGCCGGAUUGCCUUGUGGAUUUUCCAGUUCCGUUUGCUAUUUCUUGGAUGCCCCAG